AAACAAGUAAAGUAAAUGGAAACAUAGAGAUAGCAUAAAUACAGAUAGAGGGCUCUUUUCAUUAAAGGAAGGGAAAUAUUUUCAGGAGGUGCCUGUUGUAAAAUUAGGAGUCUUGUCUGUCGAAGGGACUAUAGUUUAGAGAGGGAAGUUGAGUGUAAGAGGACUUUUUCCUGAGGGAGGAGUUGCAGAAACACUCCUUAUUUGGAGAACGCCUGGUCACAUGGGGGCAGAAUCUAAGCGAUAGAGAUGAGAGAGACGUAACAGGAGAGAACACAUCGAACUGUGCCUUGAGAUGUUGAGCGGGACUAAGGACGUUGAUUUUCUCAGGCUAGAGUCAAUGCAGUGAGGGGAUAAAAUGCCCACCAACUUCACUGUGGUCCCUGUGGAGGAUGGCGGGGCCGGGAAGUCAAGUCUCGAACUUGUGUUUAGGGAGGAAGAUAUUACUCCACGACGACCCUAUUCAGGAGAUAACACUCCCAGAGAGAGCAGCCCUUUCAUCAACAACACUGACCAUGACCGAGGAAACUACUACGAUGGCAAGAACAUGGCUCUCUUUGAGGAAGAGAUUGAGAGCAACCCCAUGGUGUCCUCUCUCCUCAACAAGCUGGCCAACUACACCAACCUCACCCAGGGCGUCACUGAGCACGAGGAAUAUGAGAAUGAGGAUGGGGUCACAAAGAUUGCAGUCAAGAGUUCUCAGAUGGGCACCUUCAUCGGUGUGUACCUGCCCUGCAUGCAGAACAUCCUCGGAGUCAUCCUCUUCCUGCGUCUCACCUGGAUCGUUGGCACCGCUGGAAUCAUGGAGUCCUUCGCUAUUGUCGUCAUGUGCUGCACCUGUACCAUGCUGACAGCGAUAUCAAUGAGCGCUAUUGCAACAAAUGGUGUAGUGCCAGCUGGAGGCUCCUACUACAUGAUCUCCAGGUCUUUGGGUCCAGAGUUUGGUGGGGCUGUGGGCUUGUGCUUCUACCUGGGCACCACAUUCGCUGGGUCCAUGUACAUUCUGGGUACCAUUGAAAUCCUACUGACGUACAUCGUGCCGAACACUGCAGUGUUUGUGGCGGAGAAGAAGGAGGACGAGACGGAGGCCAUGCUGAAUAACAUGCGUGUAUAUGGGACCUGCUGUCUGGCACUUAUGGCUCUAGUGGUGUUUGUGGGGGUCAAAUAUGUUAACAAGCUGGCCCUGGUCUUCCUGGCCUGUGUGGUGCUCUCCAUCAUGGCCAUCUACGCUGGAGUCAUCAAGACCGUCAUAGAACCACCCAACUAUCCAAUCUGUCUCCUGGGGAACCGUUCCUUGCAGAACCACAACUUUGAGAAGUGUAUGAAGACGGAGGUGAUCAAGAACGUGACGUACACCACCGAGCUGUGGAAGCUGUUCUGUGGCAGCCCCCACCUCAACGCUACCUGUGAUGAAUAUUUUACCCUGAACAACUUGACUGAGAUCCAGGGCAUCCCAGGCCUGCUCAGCGGGGUCAUCAAAGACAACAUGUGGGGUGAGUACGGACCCAUUGGGAUGUUGGUAGAGAAGAAGAAUCAGUCUUCUGUCCCAGUCCAGGAUAACUCCAGAGAUAUCUACAAGCCUUACAUCUUCAACGACAUCUCCACUUUCUUCACUCUGCUGGUGGGAAUCUACUUCCCCUCUGUCACAGGAAUCAUGGCGGGCUCCAACAGAUCUGGAGACCUGAGAGAUGCCCAGAGAUCGAUUCCCAUCGGCACCAUUCUGGCCAUAGCAACCACUUCUUUUAUUUACAUGACCUGUGUGGUCCUAUUUGGUGCCUGUAUCGAGGGUGUCGUUUUGAGAGACAAAUUUGGGGACUCGGUUAAGAAGAACUUGGUGAUUGGAACUCUGGCAUGGCCUUCUCCGUGGGUAAUCGUGAUUGGCUCCUUCUUCUCCUGCUGUGGUGCAGGGCUGCAGAGCCUCACCGGCGCCCCUCGCCUGCUGCAGGCCAUAGCACGCGAUGGGAUCGUCCCCUUUCUGCAGGUGUUUGGUCAUGGUAAAGCCAAUGGGGAACCUACCUGGGCCCUCUUGAUGACUGUUGGUAUCUGUGAGAUUGGAAUCCUCAUUGCAUCACUGGAUGCUGUUGCCCCCAUUCUCUCAAUGUUUUUCCUGAUGUGUUACCUGUUUGUCAACCUAGCCUGUGCCGUCCAGACACUGCUACGCACUCCCAACUGGAGGCCCAGGUUUAAGUUUUACCACUGGACUCUGUCAUUCCUGGGGAUGAGUCUCUGUCUCUCCCUCAUGUUCAUCUCCUCCUGGUACUAUGCCCUGGUAGCCAUGACCAUUGCAGGAUGCAUCUAUAAGUACAUUGAGUACAGAGGGGCAGAGAAGGAGUGGGGAGACGGGAUCAGAGGGCUGUCCCUGAACGCUGCUCGCUACGCUCUGAUCCGCCUGGAGGAGGUGCCAACACACACUAAGAACUGGAGGCCUCAGCUACUGGUGCUACUGAAGUUGGAUUCAGACCUGGGGGUGAAACACCCUCGUCUGCUGUCCUUCACCACCCAGCUGAAGGCAGGGAAAGGCCUGACCAUCGUCAGCUCUGUGCUUGAGGGCACCUACAUGACCCUGGGAGCUGAGGCCAAGAGCGCAGAGCAGAAUGUUAAGUCGGCCAUGCACCUGGAGCGUACCAAAGGUUUCUGCCACGUGGUGGUGUCCUCUAACCUGCGGGAUGGUUUCUCCCACCUGAUCCAGUCGGCAGGGCUGGGGGGCAUGAAACACAACGCCGUUCUCAUGGCCUGGCCUGGAGGCUGGAAACAGGCUGAGGACUCCUACCCCUGGAAGAACUUCAUUGAGACAGUGCGAGAGACAACGUCAGCCCAUCAGGCCCUGUUGGUUGCUAAGAACAUUGACAAGUUCCCCUGCAACCAGGACCGUCUGGGGGAGGGCACCAUAGACGUGUGGUGGAUUGUUCAUGAUGGAGGUCUUCUCAUGCUGCUGCCUUUCUUACUGCGCCAACACAAGGUGUGGAGGAAGUGUAAGAUGCGUAUCUUCACAGUGGCUCAGAUGAAUGACAACAGUAUUCAGAUGAAGAAGGACCUGCAGAUGUUCCUGUAUCACCUCCGUCUCAACGCUGUAGUGGAGGUGGUGGAGAUGCACGAUAGUGACAUUGCAGCCUUCACCUAUGAGAAGACCCUGGUGAUGGAGCAGCGCUCUCAGAUGCUGAAACAGAUGCAGCUGUCCAGAACCGAGCGGGAGAGAGAGGCUCAGCUGAUCACUAAACUGGGCACUAAGUCCCAUGCCAACCUCAGUGACACAGCUACCGCCGCUCCCGACCACCAUGUCCACAUGACCUGGACCAAAGACAAGCUGAUCGCUGAGAGGAACCGUAAACGCGGCGAGCCGAACAUGGGCGUGAAGGACCUCUUCAAUAUGAAACCAGAGUGGGAGAGUUUGAACCAGUCUAACGUGAGGAGGAUGCACACCGCAGUCAAGUUGAAUGAGGUUGUGGUCAACAAAUCCCAGGGAGCUCAGCUGGUGCUGCUGAACAUGCCUGGACCGCCCAAAAACAAGGGUGGUGAUGAGAAUUACAUGGAGUUUCUGGAGGUUCUUAUGGAUGGACUGGACCGUGUGUUGCUGGUACGUGGCGGAGGCAGGGAGGUGAUAACAAUCUAUUCCUAGCGCCAACAGACACGGGCGGGUAUGGUGCAGCCUCAGAGAAUCCGGCGAGGUCAUCCGGACAAAUGGCUGGGCCUCAGCCUCCACCACAGUGCCAGGAGAGGAGUGGGUCGCCCCUAUACUGUAGUAUGGGAGGACAGUAGGGGGCUGCCUCCCCACACGGAACAGACUAAGCACACACUGCUGCUGACUGGAGGACAACAGAGGGCACUCUGGAUAAUCUUUCCAUUUCUUAUUGUCAGUCGUUAGGAAUAGGAAUUCUUUCAGUAGAACAAAGUGCAUAAGUAAUGAUAUUAGGAUGGAUAGAGAUGACCUCGGAUGACAUGGCUCAGGACUAUGUAGUAUGGUCUAGCCUAGCUGACAUAGGAUGUAGCUUGUAAGUCCAGAUAGUAGAUGGGUGUUUAAAUCCCAGGUUAGGCAGCCUACUGUGGUUGUGCUCUGGAGUGAGCCACUUGCCCUGUAGUGCACUACUUUUGACGAGCGCUCUUAUGGGCCCUGGUCAAAUGUAAUGCACUAUAUCGGGAAUAGGGUGCCAUUUGGCAGAACUGGCCUUAGGCAUAAGCGGUCGCGUUGGGCCCCACAGCCUCUUGUGAACAAAAAAGGAACUUAGUCAGGGUCUCAACUUUCUGUUAUAUACAAGGUGAAAUUUGGUUGUGCGUCAUUAUUUCAGUCAUAGACCGUCAAUCGGUAAACAAUGUCAGCCAGAAUUUCUUUUGAUUGAUAGUUAUUUUUGUCAAUAUAUAUUUUCUUUUAGGUGGUAGAUCAGCUUUAAUAUCGCAGAUAGAUUGUGGCUUCCAAACCCCCGUAUAUUUUUAUAUAUAUUACACAGUACCAGUCAAAAGUUUGGACACGCCUACUCAUU